AUGGCUUCCACAUCAUCGCCGUCCACAGACCUUCCCGUCCCGGCAUACUCGGUGACCGACAACGAUGACCUCCUGAAGCGUAUCGAAGCUUCCUCCUGCGUCGAUUUCCCCAUCCUCUACUCCCCCGCUAGCCGCUCCACGAAUCUACAGCGCCUGACCGUCGACGCGGAUUGGAACACGUACCACGAAGCCUACCGUAUCGAGACAGACAUUGUCGACGCCUUCUUUCUCGCCAUCGAAAACGGCCACGAUGACGUUGUCGCCGACUUCAUAGCCCGCGGAUGGGUGUCGCCUGAUACCACAAGCCGAUGCGGAGAGACGCCCUUGAUAGCAGCUGUGCGUGCGGGCAAACUGCCAAUGGUCAGCCGCCUCGUCGCUCUCGGCGCAAGCGUCAAUCACUAUGGUCGCGUACCAAGCGAGGGUAAACCCGUUGCGCCAGAGGACCUGCCUGAGCGGACUCCGUUAAUGGUCGCUGCUGAUCGCGGUCAUCUGGCUCUGGUCAAAGUCCUAAUGGAAGACUACGGCGCCAAACACGACCUCAUUGCACCAGACGGCGCAAUCGCCUUACGUCUCGCAGCUAUGAACCGCCAUCGCGAAAUCGUACAAUACCUGCCCCAUUUUCGCGGUGGUUCGUGGAAGAGGUGGAUGCAUGUGCAUCGCAAGCAGAUGGAGAGGCUACAACGCGCUGCAAAGCGGCUGUUCAACUUUCUCCGGCUACUGUUCUGGGACUGCCCUAAACUUCUUUUGUACGAUGCGCCUAAGGAGGUCUGUCUUGCAGUCUGGAAGCGCCGCCACCGGAUCAAGAACUUUGUGAAGGAAAUACCCGGGAAGAUCAAGGGAGGGGUUGUUGCGAUGCCUGGGCACAUCAAAAGCGCUGGGAAAGCAGUCUGGAAGGGUAUAAAGAAGAUUCCAUCAUUCUUGAAAAGCGUUUUCCAGGCGAUUUGGGAACUGUUGAAGAGGAUACCUGGCGGUGUGAUGACAAUUAUAAGAUGGAUCGGUAGCGGACUAAAGAACAUCGGCAAAGCCAUUGCCGACAUCUUUGCCGAGCUCUUCUCUUUCCUACACACAACGAUCGUGGCCAUUGUCACCUUCUUUCGCGGUAUCACACUACGAGACAUCUGGGAUGGCUUCUGCUAUCUCACCCGGGCCAUAUUCAUCGACGCACCCAAAGCAAUUGGUGCAUUCAUCGUGUCCUUUGGCAAGAUGACCUACGAUGUUCUGGAAGCACUUUUCGGCUGUCUUGGCUCAUGUAUCUGGGAGAUCGGCGUGGGUAUGCUCUGGCUGAUCAAGUAUAUCCCGCUCAGGAUCUGGACCAUGAUUGAAGCGCUGGGUAUAUCGUUGGUGAAAGCUUUUGAGGAGGUGAUGGUGUAUGUCAACCCUAAGCGGAUGUGA